CUGCACGGUCUUUAUUCGCAUCUCAAUCACGCCUCGCUCCUCUAUCCUCUGUUCACACCUGUGUACGAACACCUGUGCCGGUCUUCACCCUCCUCCCAAUUUAUUCGAUCGCUCCCAAAUCCGAGCGAGCAUCGACUCUCCCGAUCGAUCUCUCUCUCGCUCUGCCAGUUCGUAUUCUUUCGACGAUCCUUUAUCGGUAGAUCCACAUAGACGUACGUCAUAUAGCCUUGGGCGGUGGGGGUCGCCGAUCCCUGCUUGGCCUUUUUUUUGCGUUUGGUUGCUGUCAAGUGAGAGAUCGGUCGUGUGGUGCGGCUGCCAUGAAGGAAGGGAGGGUGGAGGAGAUGACGUCGGGGACGAGGAUGCCGACGUGGAGGGAGAGGGAGAACAACAAGCGGCGGGAGCGGCGGCGGCGUGCGAUCGCGGCGAAGAUCUACGCGGGCCUCCGGAUGUACGGCAACUACAAGCUCCCCAAGCACUGCGACAACAAUGCCGUCCUCAAGGCCCUAUGCGAGGAGGCCGGGUGGGCCGUCGAGGAGGACGGCACCACUUACCGCAAGGGAUGCAAGCCAGUGGAACACGUGGAUAUCGUUGGAUCCUCGGCUUCACCAAGUCCUUGUGUCUCCUAUAACCCAAGCCCGGCCUCAUCAACCUUGGCAAGUCCUAUGUCUUCAACCUUGAUCACUAACGCGAAGAAUUUAACCAGCGGCACAGAAGGCAACUCCCUCGUUCCAUGGCUAAAGAGUCUCUCAUCCGUGUCUUCCACAUCCACCUCUUCCAAGCUACCCAACCUCCAUCAUCUAUAUGUACAUGGAGGGUCCAUAAGUGCCCCAGUAACCCCUCCGCUGAGCUCUCCCACUGCCCGAUCCUCGCACAUCAAGACUGAUUGGGAUGCGCCAGCCAUCCACCCAACUUGGGCUGGCCACCAAGAUACUCCACAGUCUGCAUGGCUUGCUGGCUUGCGCCUUCCUUCUGGUGGUCCUUCUUCACCUACCUUCAGCCUUAUAUCGUCUAAUCCUCUUGUCUUCUAUAAGGAAGCCAGUGGCUCCCGAAUGUUGACUCCAGGACAGAGUGGGACGUGCUCUCCGGUACCCGGUGGCCACAGCCAUGGUGAUGUUCAGAUGUCUGAUGGUGGUUCGGAUGAAUUUGAAUUUGGAAGCAGCAGUAAUGGCACCGAUACAGCAACCGGGUUGGUGAAGCCAUGGGAAGGGGAGAUGAUCCAUGAGGAGUGUGCAUCCGAUGAGCUGGACCUCACUCUUGGAAGUUCGAAAACCAGAUCUGUUGCCUGACGGACGGUCGAUCGAAUCAGCGUCCCCCUAUCUUCUGUUAUCUUUUUCUUGUUUUGAAGUCUAGUUUGGUUCCUAUCUUCUUUACGAAAUGUUGGGAAUUCUAAGUAGAUAGAUAGAGGAUUCAAGAGAGAUGAUUUUAGUUUCUUGCCUUCAGCUUUAACCACUUUUUUUCUGAAGAAAAACUGGUGUAUGUUAUAUAGAGUGUGUGAAGGGAAAAAGCAAAACAUGUAUGUCAUCAGGGCAAAAACUGAGUGGGUCAUGUUUCUCGUACUUGCUGAGUUUGAAUCACCGGUAUUGCUCUUCAAUCUCCAGCUAAAUUAUAUCAACUCGCGGAUUAACUUUUGA